AUGGGGGCUGGGGCUAGUGCUGAGGAGAAGCACUCAAGGGAGCUGGAAAAGAAGCUCAAAGAAGAUGCUGAGAAGGAUGCUCGAACCGUGAAACUGCUGCUUCUGGGCGCGGGUGAGUCCGGGAAGAGCACCAUUGUCAAGCAGAUGAAGAUCAUCCACCAGGAUGGGUACUCGUUAGAAGAGUGCCUCGAGUUCAUCGCCAUCAUCUACGGCAACACGCUGCAGUCCAUCCUCGCCAUCGUGCGCGCCAUGACCACACUCAACAUCCAGUAUGGAGACUCUGCCCGCCAGGACGACGCCCGGAAGCUGAUGCACAUGGCGGACACCAUCGAAGAGGGCACGAUGCCCAAGGAGAUGUCGGACAUCAUCCAGCGGCUGUGGAAGGACUCGGGUAUCCAGGCCUGCUUCGAACGCGCCUCUGAGUACCAGCUCAACGACUCGGCCGGCUACUACCUCUCGGACCUGGAGCGCCUGGUCACCCCGGGCUACGUGCCCACUGAGCAGGACGUGCUGCGCUCCCGUGUCAAGACCACAGGCAUCAUCGAGACGCAGUUCUCCUUCAAGGACCUCCACUUCCGGAUGUUCGACGUGGGCGGGCAGCGCUCAGAGCGCAAGAAGUGGAUCCAUUGCUUCGAGGGUGUGACCUGCAUCAUCUUCAUCGCGGCGCUGAGCGCCUACGACAUGGUGCUGGUGGAGGACGACGAAGUGAACCGCAUGCACGAAAGCCUGCACCUGUUCAACAGCAUCUGCAACCACCGCUACUUCGCCACCACGUCCAUUGUGCUCUUCCUCAACAAGAAGGACGUUUUCUCCGAGAAGAUCAAAAAGGCGCAUCUCAGCAUCUGCUUCCCGGAUUACGACGGGCCCAACACGUACGAGGACGCAGGCAACUACAUCAAGGUGCAGUUCCUCGAGCUCAACAUGCGCCGCGACGUGAAGGAGAUCUAUUCCCAUAUGACUUGCGCUACUGACACACAGAACGUCAAGUUCGUCUUCGACGCAGUCACAGACAUCAUCAUCAAAGAAAACCUCAAAGACUGCGGCCUCUUUUGAGGUGCCUGAACUCAUGUGUGUCCCUGACACCCUGUAGCCCUAGCCACCUUGUAGCCCUAGCCCACAGGAGCCUAUC